CCCUCCCCUCCGCUCCUCCCUCCUGUGCCCCCGCCCCGCCGCGCUCCAUCCCGCCCUCCGCUGCUGGACGCGCGGCUCGGCCGGCCGCCGCCGCCUUGCUGGCCCCUCGCCCGCCCAGUCGCCCGGACCAUGGCCUCCGAGGUGGCGCGGCACCUGCUCUUUCAGUCUCACAUUACAACAAAAACAGCUCAUACGUCCUCACAAGUAUCUGACCAUGAACAGAAACAAAAAGAAGGUCCUCGCUCUUUAACCAUGUCUGGCCAUGUUGGUUUUGAGAGUCUGCCUGAUCAGCUGGUCAACAGGUCGAUCCAGCAAGGCUUCUGCUUUAACAUUCUCUGUGUGGGGGAGACUGGAAUUGGAAAAUCAACGCUGAUUGACACAUUGUUUAAUACUAAUUUUGAAGACCAUGAAUCCUCACAUUUUUACCCACAUGUUAGACUUAAAGCACAGACAUAUGAACUCCAGGAAAGUAACGUUCGAUUGAAACUAACCAUUGUGAAUACAGUGGGAUUUGGUGACCAAAUAAACAAAGAAGAGAGCUACCAACCAAUAGUUGACUACAUAGAUGCUCAGUUUGAAGCUUACCUCCAAGAAGAGCUGAAGAUCAAGCGUUCUCUCUUUAAUUACCAUGACUCCCGUGUGCACGUGUGCCUCUACUUCAUCUCCCCGACAGGCCACUCCCUGAAGACACUGGAUCUCUUGGCCAUGAAGAGCCUGGACAGCAAGGUGAACAUUAUACCAGUGAUUGCCAAAGCAGAUGCAAUUUCUAAAACUGAAUUACAGAAGUUUAAGAUCAAGCUCAUGAGUGAACUGGUCAGCAAUGGUGUUCAGAUAUACCAUUUCCCAACAGAUGAUGAAACUAUUGCUAAGAUCAAUGCUUCAAUGAAUGGACACCUGCCAUUUGCUGUGGUGGGAAGUAUGGAUGAAGUGAAAGUUGGAAAUAAGAUGGUCAAAGCUCGCCAGUAUCCCUGGGGCGUUGUACAAGUGGAGAAUGAAAACCACUGCGACUUUGUCAAGCUCCGGGAGAUGCUCAUUUGUACAAACAUGGAGGAUCUUCGAGACCAGACCCACACAAGGCACUAUGAGCUGUACCGGCGCCGCAAGCUGGAGGAGAUGGGCUUCAUGGACGUGGGCCCAGAGAACCAGCCACUCAGUCUUCAGGAGACCUACGAAGCCAAGAGACACGAGUUCUAUGGUGAGCGCCAGAGGAAGGAAGAAGAGAUGAAGCAGCUAUUUGUGCAGCGUGUGAAGGAGAAAGAAGCCAUCCUGAAAGAAGCUGAGAGAGAGCUCCAGGCCAAGUUUGAGCACCUUAAAAGAGUCCACCAAGAGGAGAAGCUGAGGCUGGAAGAGAAGAGAAGGCUUCUUGAAGAAGAAAUCAUCGCUUUCUCCAAGAAGAAAGCUACCUCUGAGAUAUACCAGAACCAGACCUUUAUGACCCCAGGCAGCAACCUGAGGAAGGACAAGGACCGCAAGAAGGAACCAGGCUAUCGAUUGGAACUCCUGUGCUUUGAUGUCAGAGCUUGUGAAACGAUUGGUGGACGUAAAGAUGCAGAGGAAGGUAGAGAGGGACCCCGUGCGCCAGGGCGGCCUUGAUAACAGGUGGAGGAUGGCGCCAAGGCUUGUAGGUCUGGGGUAUGUGUUAAAAUCAGUGUAACCAAAGUCUUAGAAAAUAAGGUGGUUUUCCCUCCUUUGUAUUUUUUUACUGUAUUUCUCCCCCUUGAAUGUCCUCCUCACUUCACCUGUUUGCACACUCUGUUGAGCAUCCAGCCCGCCUUGUGGCAGCUCAGAUUCUCCUGGGCCUCACAAGGCAGUCCUGGGAUUUCUUUUAUCACCACAUUGUAUUUCAAACCGGUAUUGUCAGAAUACUUUAUAAGUCACCUUCAAAAAGUUAGGAAAAUAUAACACUGCCUGUGAUAGCUUUCCAUUUUUGAACUAUGGAGAGUUAAAUUCACAGGGUUUGGAGUGGAUUUAAUUGGCCUGUGGACGUUAUGGUUUGUGGGAAGAAGGAAUUCUCAUAUAUAAUCUUUUAAUAUAAGCUCUUCCAGGGAGUGGAUCUCUUUUGUUGGCUGAUGUAUCCACCCUCAGUUCCUAGAACAGUGCCGGAUACCAAAAAGGCAUGCAGUUAUUGGUGGAAAAAAUGAAUACCCUGAAUUUCAAAACAUAAACCACCCCAUUAUCUGUGGGGGACUGGUUCUAGGAAGACACCAAAAUCCACUGCUGCUCAAGUCCCUCAUAUCAAAUGCACAGUUUUUGCACAGAACCUAUGCACAUGUUAAAUCAUCCUGUAACAUCCUGUACAUGUUAAAUCAUCUCCAGGUUUUUUCUAACACCUAAUACAAUGUGAACAGAAUAUAAGUGCUAGGCAGAUACUCACCAGCAAGUAGCACAUUCAAGUUUGGUUUUUUGGAACCUUCUGGAAUUUUUUUCCCAAAUACUUUUGAUCCUCAGUCAGUUGAAUCCUCAGAUGUGGAACCUCAGAUCCAGAGGGCCAACUGUUUACAUAUAAUUUAUGACUUCUUUUCAGUGUGUCUUGAAUUAUAAAGCUAAGGGACCUUUCACCUUCUCAUCAUCUCGACUUAGUCCAGUUUUACUAGACUUGGACUCCCCCACUUCAUUCCAUACUUGAAAAACCUUUACAGUCACCUUGUGAAAAUAAGGUAUGGGCUGCUGUUCGCAAAAUCAGGGCCAAGCCCACAGUUUAAGAGUUCAGAAAAAUUUACCCUCAAGGAAUGUUAGUGUUUGUUUUUUCUAGAUUUAGCUAGAUAUCCUAUCAUAUACUAGAUGUGUAUCUGUAAAAACUUUGUAAAAGAAGUGAUUUUUAUUUCCUAUAUGGUUUUCUAUUGUACCAAACAAAA